UUCAGAAUAUUAUUAAACAUUUUAACUGUAAUUAGUUCAUAAUUAAAAUAUUGUAUUCGUCAUCUACGACUAAUAGAAAUGUCUUCAAGUGCUGGUAUAAGUGACGCAUUAGCCGGACAGUGUAUAGAGCUGGCUCCUUUACGAAGUUUAGAUGACUUCAUAUUGGGUUCUGCUCGUUUUCAAAUACCAAAUCUAAAAGAUGUGGAGAAGUGGGGCAAUCGAGUAGUAAAAAAUUUGCUAUAUUACCAAACAAAUUAUUUCCUCCUAUUUUUGGGAAUUUAUAGUUUGAUGAUUGUAUUAAACCCGCAGAAAAUUUUUUGGGGACUGACGGUACAAACACUAAUAGUUGCGGUACUGUUUCGUUUUUUCUUAAAGAAACCAAAUUCAAAAUUGAAGCUUUUUGCCAAUUGGUCAAAUAUUGCCCAACAAAACCAAAAGCAAAAAUGGUACUUUUUAGCCGGUGUAUUGUUAUGUGGUUAUCUUAUAUUGCACUGGUUGAAUGCAAUUUUAUUGUCAACCUUUGCUCUACUUUUCCCCAUAUCGUUGACCUUCAUACAUGCUUCAUUACGGUUGAGAAAUAUUAAAAACAAGGUUGUAAAUACAAUGGAAAGCUUUAAUCCUUCAACACCAAUGGGAUUGUUUUUAGAAGUGCUGAAUAUUACGACGGAUAAUUAAGCUUAUCUAUGUGAGAAUCGCAAAAAUUCUUUCUGUAAAUAUCCCGCAAAUAUGCCUUAUAAAUACAAAGUUGUAAAAUAUAUUUUAUAUAUAUAACUUA